CAGCCGCUCCAGUUCUUUAAAGCAGCUGUUGUUCCUGCCCAGGCAGGGGUGUCACCUCGGAAAAUCCCUUGGUGGCUGAUGUGGAAAUCCCCCACUGUGGAACUUUGAGAGAGGGGGGAGAUUUCCUCCUUACUAACGGAAGAAAAAACAGAUAGUCUUGGCAAGAGUGGCAGAGAACAAGAAGAGGAGCCCGGUGGUUGAGCCCGGGAGUCACCCUCCUAAAGCGCUCAAAGGACGGGAUUGGGAUUCAUGGCUCCCCAAAUUGCAUCGCCCAGCGCCUGACUCUUUUAUUGGGGAGGAUUAGUAUUUAGAUUGCAGGGUCUUUCUUCCCAGCGAUUCGGGUUUCUUCUUACAGAAUGGCUGGAUCACAGAUCAUUCCUCAAGAUUUAUAUUCGAGCAACAUGCUGAAAGCUGUGAAGAUAAGACAACUGAUGUCUGAAGACCUUGUCAAAUACAACAAUGGAAUUAUCCAGCAUUUUAAAACUAUGCAUAGAUACACCAUAGAGAUGUUCAGGAUGUGUCAUUUUUGCCCGCCUUUUCAGAAGCUUCUUCAAAAAUCUCUAAUUGACCAAGCAACUCAAAACUCACUGGAACGCCAAAAGAAGUUAAACUGGUGUCGAGAAGUUAAAAAACUUAUGCCACUGAAGACUAAUGGAGAUGGAAAUUGUCUCAUGCACGCUGCUUCCCAGUAUAUGUGGGGUGUCCAAGACGUUGACCUGCUUCUGAGAAAAACAUUGUUUAGUGUACUUAAAGAAGCCGAUACACGCAAUUUUAAACUGCGCUGGCAGCGAGAAACCCUGAAAUCACAGGAAUUUGUGGCAACAGGACUCUGCUAUGAUACCAGGAACUGGGAUGAUGAAUGGGACAAUCUUAUUAAAAUGGCAUCUGCAGAAACAUCAGUUGCCCACCCAGGCCUUCAGUAUACCUGUCUGGAAGAAAUCCAUAUAUUUGUCCUUGCUAACGUCUUAAGGCGCCCCAUCAUAGUUGUUGCAGAUAAAAUGCUCAGAAGUUUGCAGUCAGGUUCCAGCUUUUCCCCUCUGAACAUUGGUGGAAUUUAUCUGCCUCUCCAUUGGUCAGCAGACAACUGUUUUCGAUAUCCUAUCAUUCUUGCUUACGACAGUAUGCACUUCACUCCUUUGGUUGUUCUGAAGGAUAGUGGGCCAGAAAUCAAGGCAGUUCCUUUAGUCAGUUGUGAAAGAGGGAGAUUUGAAGACUUGAAAGUGCAUUUUUUAACUGACGCUGAAGAAAGAGAGAAAGAAAAACUGAUAAGAGACUAUCUCAUGGUGAUUGAAAUUCCUGUACAAGGAUGGGACCCAGGGACAACACAUCUCAUUAAUGCUGCAAAGUUGGAUGAAGGUAACUUGCCCAAAGAGAUUAACCUGGUGGAAGAUUACUUUCAGUUGGUGCAACAUGAGUACAAGAGGUGGAAAGAAAACAGUGAAUUUAUUGGGAAGGAAACAGGUGCGAGGAACGGACUGGCAUUGCAGUUAUCCCAGCUAUCGCUUAUGGAGGCAAAAUGUGAAACUCCCAACUGCCCUUUCUACAUGUCUGUGAAUACCCAGCCAUUCUGCCAUGAGUGCUCAGAACAGAGACAAAAGGCAAAUUUGGUAAAGAGGCAGCACUUCUGGUCAGGUUCAGAGAAGCCCCGGGGAAAUAGGUCCAGUUACCCAAAGGAUGAACGCCACCACCUUCCUGCCUGGACUUCUGAAAAUUCCAGCUCAGAACCUUGUUCUGCACCUCCCACAGCUCCAAGUCUUUUUCUAUACAGUGAAACAACUGCUAUGAAGUGCAGGACCCCAGGCUGCCCUUUUACACUGAAUGUGCAAUACAAUGGGCUUUGUGAACGUUGUUACAACUGUGCAGAGGUCAAUCCUUGCAAUACUCCAAGUGACCCACAGCAUUCGAAUUGUGUGACUUGCACAUCCUGCCUUAAGGACACCAACAGAACCUUCAAUGGGAUGUGUAGCACUUGCUUCAAACGGACUAUAGACCAUUCCUCAAACGCCGGCUCCGGCACUAUGCCUUCCACCCAUCAGAGGUCCAGUUCUGAUCCUAUUCCUAUAUCACGGUUUUUGCAGCAUUCCUGUCACACAGUAACCAACAGCAAUAAGGUGGAAGCGCCACCCUAUGUUCAGCCCCAAAGAACAGAACCAAGGACGAGAAACAAUAAAUGCAGGAAGCCCGGCUAAAUUUUUGGGACUCUCCAGAAUGAAGGCUUUUGUACCCUGUGUUACUUCGAGUAUCAAGAAAAUAGAGAGGCCCCCCUGCUUCAUCAGCGAAGGUCUCCUGUGACGUCUCCUGUUUUGGAGCAUCCUGGAAUCUCAGCUGCUGUCUAUCAAAAUACCGUUUCCUGCCCGGGCCAAGAAUGUGGCACAAUAGGGAGCACCAUGCUUGAGGGGUACUGCCAGAAAUGUUUUAUUGAAGCACAGAGCAAGCGGCUCCAUGAAGCCAGAAGGACUGAAGACAAAAUAGUGAGACAAUCAGAGCAAAUGGGACAACAUCAAGAUUUACACCAGAAAACUGCACGCUCUCAAAAACGCAAAUGUGCUAAAGUUUCGUGUAGAAAUAAUUUAGCUUCCCGGAGUGCAGAGGUCUGUCAAGACUGCUUGCGUGUCACCCAACAGAGACAGUCUGGAACACCUCAGGUUGAACCUCCAGCUGAUGAACUUCCCAAACAGCGUUGCCGAGCCCCUGCCUGUGAUCACUAUGGUAAUAACAAGUGCAAUGGCUAUUGCAACGAGUGCUAUCAGUUCAAACAAAUAUAUGGAUAGCAAAUGCUUUUUUUGCCUUGCAAAAGGGAAAAAAAAGGAAUGGUGCUAUGUUCAAAACACUUAAUUGUCUUGCUACAGCUUUCUACAACAGUCAUAAAAUUGAUCUUCUUCAGUCUUGUGAAAAAGGUGACUUUGGAGGGAAAACAAUAAGCUGAUUUCUUUUGUGCAUAUGUAGAUACACGUGUGUGUGUGUGUGUGUGUGUGUGUGUGUGUGUUUACUAUCCCAAGUUAAUCCUGGGAUAGUAAAGGAGGUUGCUUCCGUCAUAGAUGGUGAAUGGAAAAACAUUUUAUACUUGACUACAAAACCUCUUUUCUCAAAAAUAUUUUGGAUUAUGUUUGAUAUUGAAUAAUACUUGUAUGAAAAAAUAAUAAUGCUCUUUGCAUGCUUUUCUGCUAAUAUGUCUCUUGCCUUCUGUCUAAAUUGUGAGCAUUCUGUGUAUAAUGAAACCUGCCAAAAAUUUGUAAUGAACAGCUUUCUACAACAGUCAUAAAAACUGUGUGUGAUUACUCUGAAAAUGCUGAUAUGGUAGAGCUAAGAUUGAACAAAAUAUUAGGAAGUUGUGGGAGAACUUUUUACCAUUUUUGCUUGCUUGUCCUUUUUAAAAAUUGGUGGCUUCUGCAUUUGUUUUAUGUAAGGGUGGGGUUUUUUGGGGGGGGGCAAUGUUUCUAAAUGAAAGUUUUAUGCAAGUAGAGCAGCUAUAAACCCAUAAAAUUUGGCCUUGGAACACUGACUGGUGUUUUUCCAUUGACUACUCUAUGUGGUUUGAAUGAGGGUGUAGUUGCUAAACCUCUUGUAAUUUAGAAUGUGAAAGAACAUAGGUAAUUUUUAAGUAUAACAUUUGAGAAGGGAAAGUGGGGGAGGGAGAUCAUGAGAAAAAAAGGUUCCUAAAUAUGCAUGUAUAUUGAUUGACAUGGAAGCAUACUGAUAGAUUAGAAACAACCUACUCUGUGUUUAUUGAGAGAAAAGAGCAAAAGUCUUUUUUACAAUACAGUCUUCCUGUAUUGUAGAUGAUAUAACAAAUCUGCUUUCUCUUCAUGUCUCACCUCUACUAGUUAAUUAAAAGUUUGCUGAACUGUUACAAUCCUUUAGAAUUUACUAAGAAAUAAGAAGGAUCUUCUGUGGGCCUCUGUGUCCUUACAAUUAAGUGUUAACUUCUGGACUAUGAGGUUCCCAAAGUAGACAGGGUUGUUUUUUGUUUUUGCUUUCCACAUUCACACAUCCCUACAGUCCUCAGUUGUAUCUGACUGUGGAUAUAUCUAAUAGUGAGGGGGGGGAUAGGCUCUGUGUUGUUUGUAAGGUGGCCACUCCUGUGAAAUCCUACUUAUUUCCACAGUGUAAGUUUGCAAUCUCGAGCCAUUAUCUGCCAUAACUGCAUAUUGUUCUGAGUAAUCACACGAGAACAAACAAGAAUGUAUUUGGAGCGCUGCAAUUUAUCUUCCAUUUUUCCCAAAGCCCUCAUGCAUCUUUUGUUUUCUUUCUCUGAAAAUUAGGGGGGGGGGGGCAUGUACAUCAACUGCUUGCAUUUUGCAUGUGUAUGUAAUCCCCAUUAUGAGAAACACUGCUAUUGUCACAGUCCUUCGCUGUUCAAAUUUCAGUGUAUGAUUUUGUGAGCUUUGUAAAAUGUGAAGGCGUAUUUAAAUAUUUAUGUUAUUUCAAAAAAUGUAAUGUUGGAAAGUUGCACAUUGCCAGUAUAAUAAUUUGCUCUUUAUUUCAUUCUCCUUUUUAAAAAAAAAAUCCUUCUUGUUAAUACAGAAUGGAAAUACAAUGAAGGAAAAUUCAGCAGUCAAAAUAAAUUAUUUAAAGAUUUGUUUAAUUGUA